AUGGCUCAUUCGGCACUGCCCUCUGACAAGGUCCUGGGAAUGCCGCCCUUCAUGGCCGAUUUCCUCAUGGGAGGUGUCUCUGCCGCCGUCUCCAAGACCGCUGCCGCUCCCAUCGAGCGAGUCAAGCUCCUCAUCCAGAACCAAGAUGAAAUGAUCAAAGCCGGCCGCCUGGACCGCAGAUAUAACGGCAUAGGCGAAUGCUUCAAGCGCACAAUAGCUGACGAGGGUUUUGUUAGCUUAUGGCGCGGUAACACGGCGAAUGUGAUUCGGUAUUUUCCCACGCAAGCUCUCAACUUUGCCUUUCGCGACAAGUUCAAGAAGAUGUUUGGCUAUAAGAAAGAUCGCGACGGCUACGCCAUGUGGAUGGUGGGAAAUUUGGCUUCGGGAGGCGCUGCCGGAGCGACUGCGGCGGGCAUCGCUGCCUAUCCGCUAGACACCAUCCGCCGGCGCAUGAUGAUGACUUCGGGAGAGGCAGUCAAGUAUAAAAGCUCGUUUGAUGCAGCUAAGCAGAUUAUUGCGAAGAAUGGAGUGCGAGCUCUCUUUAAUGGCGCUGGAGCAAACAUUCUUCGAGGUGUUGCUGGGGCUGGCGCCUUGUCAAUCUAUGAUCAGCUUCAGGUUAUUCUAUUUGGCAAGACGUUCAAGGGUGAAUGA